AUGGCAGAAAAACAUUUGAGGUAUUAUAGUCCAAAAGUCUAUCGACAACAACGAAGACGUACAGAAAAAAAUAAAGUUUUACCACAAGAUUCAAGUAGUAGCUCUGAUGAUAACAUUGAUGCUAAUGAACCAACAGCUAAAACAACUGAAUUAAAUGUUACGAAUUAUGCACCUGAUGACGAUGAUAAUACACUAUUAGACACCGUUAAAGAUCCUUAUCGUGAUAGUUCACCACCACUAUACAAAGACAGUUCAACAAGUAUAAUGACAACUAUUAGAUUAAUAACAGAAUUUUGCAUGAACGUUAAUAUGGACAAAUCAAAUAUGAUUAAAUUAAUGAAAAUUGUUAAGUCAUUGUUACCAACAACACAAAAGAAAAUAUUAGGUGCAUUUGGAAAAGCAUGUUUAUCAACAGCAAAAUAUUUAUGUGCAAAUUGUCAUCAAUUAACAUCGAAAACAAGAUAUGGUUCAAGAAAAUGUGAAAAUAAUGAAUGUUUAUCAUCUAGCAGAACAUUAACAAAGAAGGAAAUUAUUGAAGUUAUUACAUUAGAUAUUAGAUCACAAAUACAAUCAAUAAUUCAAUGA